AUGAAAUCUUUCAGCUAUUACUUUACUGAUCGUGAAUUUCUAUCAAAAUUAAAAUCUGUCUAUGAUAUUCCUCAGGCAGCUGAUACAAACGAAAUUCGUUAUUUGCCUCAAUCGCCAUUGAAAACAUAUCUUUGGCGUUCGAUCGAAUAUAAUGAAACAUUAUUUGGUCCAAUGUAUCGAUUUAUUUUCGGUUUAAUUUGUAUAUGUUCAAUAUUUAUUUAUAUGUAUGAAUUAGUUGUAACAAGAAAUGAAAACUUUCUAGAAUUUACUGAAAAAUACAGUGGCUAUUUUCAAAAUAGAAUUCAUUCUGUUAAUGUAACCGUUCGUUUUAUUGAUUAUCGUCCUGAUACGCAUCGUCUAACAUUCUCUAUUGAAAUUCUUUUUAUUUUUCUCUGGACAAUUGAAUUACUUAUGUAUCUAUUGUCUGCUCCAAGCGUAUAUUUUUGUAUCAAAUCAAUAUUUUUCUGGAUUGAUAUAAUUAAUAUUUUAAAUACAAUUAUUUAUGGAAUAUUUAGUUUAACAAACAGUCGUCAAAGAGAAGCAUCAAUGGGUAUUUUUACAUUAUCUAUUGUCCUAUUAGGUACGAGUUGUGUAUUUGGUGCAAUUAUUUAUUCAAUUGAACGAACAACAAAUCCCGCAACAUCGACUAUACUUUUUCCAAAUGUUGGCAAUAGUGUCUAUUAUACACUAUUAGCCAUUACCAAUGUUGGCUUUGAAAGCUUUUUACCGUCGACUUAUUUAGGUAAAUGGAUUGCUUGUGCAGCAAUUACUAUUGGUCUGUUGACAAUUGCUUUACCAUUACCAUUGAUUUUAUCACCAUAUACUGAAAAAUUACUUACUAAAAAUAAAAACAUUAUCUAUCAAAAUGUUGGUGGGUCGGAAAUUUCAAAUGAUGAUCCCGAUGUUGAUUGA